CGCUGCGGUCGGCGGUCGGUGGACGGGAAUGUAUUGCUUUUUUAUACCGGCUUCAUGCUCAGUCAGAAGGCGUGCUUUACCGCCCACCCAAUCGUGCUCACCUUUUAGCCAUUAGUAAAAGCAAUUAACGUCGCAACGCCGCGAAAUUGGCAACGAAAUUGCAGCCAAUUGUUGUACGUUUGCCAAUGCGUCAGUGGGAAAGGCAACAACGAUGUGUUUGUGUAUAAAUAGAAAAUAAAAAUAUAAUCUUAUCAGAGACCGCGAAUGUUUUAUCAAUUUACAAAAUAGCAACGAAUUAAAUACGAACUAGAAAGAACGAACAAAUUAGUGCCUUCGUGUUAAAAUCAAACAAUUUUAGCACACCUUGAAAGGAUUACAAAACGAACGAGAGUUUCUUGACGAAAUCAACAGAUAUCGUUUUCGCUUAUCGAAAAUACUACAAAGUCUGUACGAAUGCUGCCACGGAACUGCACAAGAGCUGAGAAACUUUGUGAUACGGCAACUGGAAGGUGCUAUGCCGAGUUGCAUUCAUUGAGGAAGUGUGUGUGUGGAGAGAUCGAGAAACAAAAAACGAACCGAUGUGAUACUUGAGACUUAGCAUUGCAACGACGAUAUUUAUGAAUACCUUAACCUAAGUAUAAGCCCAAGCACAAACAGAAUUCGAUUUAAGUCGGUGCUAAAGACUUGCCCAAUUAAAAAUGGAACACUUGGAUCUGGCGGGGUAUCUACAUACACCAACGACCUGGAAUUUUGGGGCCUUUGAGCAGCAAGAUGCCAUUUACUUGUCCAAUUCACGGCAAAUGCUGGAGCCCAUCAUGGAGGAGACGUCCGAGGAUGAGGAACAUGCACAGAACAGCUGGACGCAGUUUGAACAACAGAGCUCAGGAGGUGGCGGCUUUUGGAGCUCCGCAGAGUCCGAAACCGGUUCGGUUAUCCGCGUUGAAGUUAACAAAGAUCUCGACGCAGUAUCCGAACGCGACUUUGUCUGUCCGCCCAAACGCGCACGCCGCUCGGACGAGCAGCAGCCACACAGCCUCGACGAUGUGGUGCAGCUACGUCGCGCACCACGCUACGACCCCGACUCGCACAACAGUCUGGAGCGUUUCCUUUCAUUAGAGGCCAGCACUCGCGAUAGCUACGGCAGCCAGGGCCAGCGUAACAGCACGGGCAGCCGACGUUUCGAUGAGUUCUAUUCAGACAAUGAUUCAUAUCACUCGCUUUCACGUUCCUCAUCGCUGGUGCAGUUCGAGUCGCUGGAGAGGCAGCUGACACUGCAGGAGCAGCAUCAGAGCAUGAGCAGUCUGGGCAACUCCUCGCCCUCGCUACUGGGAAGCGAGACCAAUACACCGGAGGCCAACUCUGGCAGCAAUUCGGGAAACAACAGUCGUCGCGGCUCCCAGAGCUCUCUAAUGAAACGCUACGAAUCCUCCGAUGGUCGUCUACAUCAGACCUACUAUGAGCUAAACAAGCUGAACUUUGGAGAAGAGGAGAGGAGCACAGGCGCCAGCCUCUUCAGUGCCUGCAAGAGUCUGGCCAGUGCAGAGCUUAAGUCUGAUUCGGAAUCGUCAAGCAGCAGCAGCGACAGUUCUGGCCACAGCAUACUCAGCGCUUCCAAGCCAACAUCGGAGUAUCUAACAGACUCUAGCGCGAGCACGCGCGGUAUACGCAUUGCUGCCUUCCAGGCACGUGGCGGCAAGAAUUCCGCUGAGAAUCUAUCCGAAGAUUCCGGCUACUGCGAGCCUUCGACGUUACGACGCGUCAAGUCCAAAAGCAUACCAAAGAAUUUCGACAAGUUCUGCGAGGAGGAGGAGGAGGACCAACAAUUGCCGACACUGCAGCCACAGUGCUUGACAGAUGGGCAGCCACAUUCCAAAAACUCCAAUGAUUUGUGUCAGCCAAAAAUAAAUGCCAACGUUGCCACGUUUCUCUUGGAGUCGCGCGUGGACGACGACGACGACGACGAUGAUGAUGAGGAGCACACGACGACGACAACGACGACGACGCCACCACCACAGUCACCGCCUUCAUCGCCAACGUCAUCUAUAAAUAGCCCUACGGGAGAGAAGCGCAGACGCGGCCUGGCACACUCGCCAUCGCCGGCGUUGUCGGAUAUCUCCAAUACCAGCGCUAGCUCGUGCUCAUCCACAGCCUCUUUCACUUGGCUGCCACAGAGCGCAAACGUUGUGAUGCUCGGCAGCAGUUUGCCAGACAUACGCGAGGCGUGCGGUUCGGAAAAUUCGGGAAAAUCGGAAAAUUCAACGCAGCCAAUUGCCCAUUACAGCCCACCAUCAUCUCCCCCCUCUUUGGCAGUGUGUGCGCCCCUCCAACGUUGUCGCGGCGACGUUAACCACAUCGGCGGGCUGGCUAGCAACCGCGCGACCUCUUCCAGCAGUAGCAGCAGCUCUGCUGAUUGCUCCCCUGUUCUGGGAGGCCCACGUGCUCGUAACGCCAGUGUACCCAACGAGCUGCAUCAGCUUGGACGCCGACGUCGCCAGCAGCAACGGCAGAGCAGGCACAGCAAGAGCAGUAGUGGUGGCGAGGCGGGUGAUUUCAGCUCCAGCGACGACGCCAGUGAACAAGCGGAUUUCUUCGAUCUAAACAGCCUGCAGAUCCGGCGCAGCUGUAGUUGGUCCGAGCGCAGGGCAGAGCGUAGCUUGCACAAGUUCGAAGGAGCCUUCGGGGACGGCCCAGAGCAGGCCAGUGCAGCUAGUGCCGGAUAUCUGAAUGCCAGCUAUCAGAAUCUAACACUCUUGGACUACACCAAUAAGCAGCCUAUCGCACAGAGCUUGGAGGCGAAUCACAAACGCAGCGAUAUGGCAGGGCAUCGCGAAAGCGACGACUACGAAGGCAUCAUAUGCAGGGGAAAUUUCUUGCUCGACGAACUGUCGCAGAUUUAUGACAGAAAUGCCUCCAUACUCAACGACCAGCCUGUCGAGGAGAAAGCGCCUGCCAAUGAGAAGCCGAAUCCGGAAGAAACAAAGGCAAAUAGAGUGUUGGCACCCGCUCCGCCUCCACGCCGAGUGUCAGCAAAAGCAGGAACGGAAUCGCAAUCUGUGGAACCACCCCAGGUGCAGCAUGUACAGUUGACGAUACGCAAACCACCUGCUCGUCAGAAGCGCGAUGCACAACAGCGACGGAGCGAGGAAGUGACAGCGCCCCCAAUGCCAGUUGCUCCCCCAGCUGCUGUCAUAAGCUUCAGCACCUUUGGCAAGACUUUCGAUCAAGAUCCUACCAACCUGCGCACAUCCUACGCUCAGAGCCUGGAGCAGUGCAACUUUGAUCCCAAGGAGCUGUCGUCUGGCACCGAUGUGCGCGACUCAGCCUGUGCAAAUUCCACGCCGCGCUCCCUCCCAAAGCGUCGUUUUCAAUCGCAAGCAGGUGCCGCCAAGCAACGCAGUCUGGUCAGUAGCACGCCCAAUCUCUAUGCCUACGAUGCCCGUGCGGAUGAGGUCGAGGACGAUAUGUACGUAAGCAGCGCGCACAACUCGAUGCAUCAGUUGCCGCAGACAGCAACGCAGAAGCCAUUGGGCAUUCUGCUUCCCACCGGAUCACGCACUUCCAUCGGCAAGGAGGUAAGCUUCUGUCCAGUGGUGUCCAAAUAUUGUUGGCAGGAGCAGUCAUCGGAGGAGCCCCAAGAGGAGGCUGAGGAGUGUCAGGCAGAGAACGACGAUGACGACGAACUGUUCGAUUGCGCCGAUGCUACGGUUAUUUAUAACACGAAAGAGAACGAAAACAUCGCCGUUCGCUUCAACGAAGAGCAAGCGCAAAGAGAGUCGCAAAGAGAGCCAGAAACGAUCGACAGCGAAGAGAGCGACGACAACAACGAAAACAUCGCCGUCAGCAACAACGCAACACUGUGUGUUGCUGAGAAACCCGUUUCAAGCGUCGUCGUCGUCGUCGCCGCCGCCGCCACUGCUGAACAGUCGAACGAAGCAGUUAGUCUUGAAACGAAUCGCGCCGCGUCCGUAACUACAACGCUCGCGUCAACGCCAACGCCAACACCAACGCCAACAUUAACGCUUGCGCAGCCAUCGCCAACAGUAGCAGUCGAACCAAAGCGUCCUCUGAGUCUGCAUUUGCCAAUUCUUAGUGAACCGCCCACAAAUCGCGCCCAUCAUAUACUCUACGCCUCCCAGCAGCUGCUCGAUCGCUACGCGACGCAGGACGGCGAUAUGUCCAAGUCGAACUACGCUGUCAAGUGCAGCGAGCCGGAGCCCAGCAUCAAUAACAAUGAGCUGGGAAAAUCGCGACACAAGUCUGACGAAAAGCAUCCCAGUUCGAAGGGUUUUCUUUCGCGUUUCGCGCACGGCUUGCGUUUCUCGCUACGACGCAAGAAAAAGCAACAGCAGCAGCAGCAGCAACAACAAAAGGAGCCGGCCAAGUCGACAACAACAACAACAGCAACAAGCGCCAAGGAUAACAAGAAAUUAAAUGGUACCGCUGCCAAGAAGCCGCAGUCGCCCGACUUUGUUUACAUACCCCUCAAGGGUCCGACGCAGCAGGAACAUGAACAACACAAUGACAGCAAUGCCUCCACAGCGAGUGUGCAGAGCUAUCGACAAACCACAACAACAAUAACAACAACAGCUGCAGCAGCAGCAGCUGAGCAGCCGAAAUCGUCAACUUUGCAGAAGCUGGUUACCGGCAAGCCACCGUUACCCAAACAACCACCCCGCGUGGCGGCACAUGCGCAGACCCUGCCACCGGCAAAAUCGUCGUCCAGUGCUGCCCAUUCAAGCGAAGCUCUGUUGGAUGCGGAACGCCAACAAUAUGCAGCCUUCGCCGAACAGUUGACGGCGGGCAUGCAACGGCAUCAGUUGAAUGGGACGGCAAACGCGGCCGGAUCCGAGACCGGAAUCGCUUCACCCUCGCGCGCCACUGUCGCCCAAAAGACGCAAAUGUUCAAUCAGCUAGGCGGCAACCGGCGAGCCACAAUGGUCACAGCCGUGCCGGUGGCUGUGGCUCCCAUGCCCGAUGAGGAGUCCAAAAUUGGACUAAUCGAAACCAAUUUGGACACACACGAGACCGUGAUUUCGGGCAAGACGCGCUCCCUCAUGGACAUUACGUGUAAUCCGGGCAACCAGCAGCACAGGCGCUACAUUGUGAAACGCUUGAAUGUGGCCAGCGCGGCCUAUGACGAUCCGCGGCACAUAUAUGGCGAUGAUGAUGAUGACGACGAUGUUGACGGUUCUGGUGGUGAUGGAAACAUCAAAUGCUCGCCACAAGCGGGCGGUGUUCAGAUUGCCUCGAUGCGGCGACCACACAAAAGCAUGGAAUUUCUGUUGGAUAAAGAGAAUCAAAAGAAUGUUUUGCCACCUGAGAAUGAGCUUCAGAAAUCGCACGAUCACAAUCCGGCCGCCCUGAGCGAGCACCAGUUGCGCGUUCAGGCGUCCCUACAGCGCCUCAACAUACCCGACUGGUUCCGACAAUAUAAUCAAACCAUAGCCCACUCGCCAGAUGGCGCCACUGCGGCUCCAGGCGGAGGCUACAAGCCAGGCAACUUUACUCGCAAACGCACACAGGAAUCGGGCCGCUGGCAAGGCCUCAACUCGAAGACGACCUCACUCAGUUCGCUGGGCUCGCAACGCUCCGAUCGCAGUCCCUUGCUGCUCAGUCCUUCGGCGCACAGUCACCAUGGCGGUCAGACUACGAGUGUGGCUAGCGGGGGCGGCGCAUGCGCAACGCAUGGCGUCGGCGCCACCCGCUGGUCAACCUCGCAUCUGAACUCCACGCAGACAUCGCCCAGCGUCUCGCAACGCGGCUCCUUCGCUCGCGGCGCCCCCAUCAACUCCAGCUUCAUGUCCGUCAAUAGCGGCAACAGCGGCGUCCUGCGGAACUCCUAUCGUCAGCCCUACCUGGGCUGGCGCAGCACAGAGAAGCUCUCACAGCGAACGCCACAUGAGCGGCUGGCCAACUCGUUGCUGGCCCAGCAACAACGCAUAUCCCCCACGCAGCGCACGGUGGCCACGUCGGCGUCCCCGAUGGUGACCACCAACGGAGUGCGGCAACUGCAGCCCGUCACGCCGGAGAUACAGAGCUCCAUCAAGGAGGUGACCUCGGCCAUUGUGCACUAUGUGAACGAUCAGGCGCAGGCGCAGCAGCAACACCAGCGCAGUCGCUCGACGAGUCCGAAUUCGAGGAAAUGCUGGCUUGAGAGCUCCUUUGUUGGUAUUCGUCCGUUGGAUUCACCGCAAACACCCGUGAUCGAGAGCAGUCCGCAGUCGUUGUCGGAGCGUGUGGUGCCUUCGGUGGCGCAUCAGAGCUACGCGGUCUACGUGGAUGCCACCAACGCCACCACACAGCAGCCACCCUUACGCAUGAACGGACUCAGCCGUAUCGGCGGCGGUGGCGCGCCCGAACGCUCGUUGAGCAACGCAUCGUUAGAAGAUGUCCUUGCAUCACUAUUAGGACUGCCAACUACCUCCUCCUCCACCAACAACAGCCAGAACAACAGCCAGAACAACAGCAACAACAACCAGACAACAAAUACAGCAGCUAGUCGUCAACAACUGGAGGUCCUGACAGCGGCCGAGCAGCAGCGUCUGCGUCGCCGUAGCGAAGGGGACGCCCCCGCCCAGAAGAAGCAGCAGCAGCAGCAACAACAACAACAGCAGCAAACAGCAUCAGCAACAAUUCAAUCCGGAGAAGGAGAGGCCACAACCAGCGGUAGAGGAGUAGAGGGAGGAAAUGGGGCCAACUGGGCACAUCAACAGAAGCUGCAGUCCACUGCUGGCCACACGGCGGCCACGCGACGGGUUUCGCUCGGCGACUCCUCGGAGUCGCCCAACAACAACAAGACCAACUCCACCGAACUGCAGAUCCGGUGCCGCAACACCAAAUGCGACCAGAGCGCCACGCCUGCCGACGCAAAAAAGUUUUACAAGUCAUGCCACAAUUGUACCCAUCUAUAUUGUUCACGUGAGUGUCGGCGCGCCCACUGGGAGAAGCAUCGGAAGGCGUGUCUGCACUCGCGCGCCUCGAAUCUGUGCCGACAGGUGCUAGCCACCUGCAAGGACGACGUCGACUCCCAGCGCCAUCUGAGUCUGCUGGCCCGCAAGGGCAGCCUUUCGCAGGGACGCGGUGUCGUGCGUGUGCUCUUCCGGUCCGCCGAGGCGGCCGAGGGCUUCAUCAAGCACGGCUUCCAGUGCAUGGGCGAGGCCUCAUAUGUCCGCUGGCCCGAUCUCAUGCCGGCUGAAAUGGGUCUGGAGCUGUACUCGGAGCUGCUGAAGCUGAGCACGGCCUACAAGCCCGAGUCCAAGAUGCUCAUCUAUGUGGCCAUUUGUGUGGUGUCGGAGGCACCAGGCAUGGGCCAGGCACCGGUGCGCUGGGAGCGCCAACUGGUAUCGCGUUGUGCCAAGCUCAAGCUCUGCAAGAGCAUCCUUGCCGAGCUGGACCAGCAGCAGCAGGCGCUGCAGCAGCCUCUGUCAGUGGUCGCGGUGCCGGAGCGCACCGACAUCCUGAUACUCACCUUCAAUCCCAGCCUGCGCAGCGUGCCCGGCAAUCGGGAGCUCAUACUGUCGAACAUCUUGGAUAUUCUGUCGCGACGUGGUGUGCUGCUCCGCAAGCACUAUCCGGAGAUCUAUCAGCGCUUGCAAAGCUACACGGAGGGACAGACGGACAAGUUCAACCCGGUGACGCUGCAUCCACGCGACUCCCAGACCGGCCAGUCCUUCGUCUGCAUAAUUAUGCCCGUGCACACGGACAGCGAGUUCGUCAAGCUGCCCUCGGCCGCAGAUGGCGGCAAUCGCGUGACCACCAUCGAUGUGGGUUCGCCCGCGGCCCUGGCUCAGCUGGACGACGACGAACUCUUGACCCGCACCACCCAGGAACAGAGUUGAUUGAAGGCCGCCAGCAGAAAGAACAAGAGCAGCGCCAGCGACAGAAGCGGAGGCAGCAGCGGAUCUGCCACGCCCCAGCCGCUGCUCUAUGGCGAUGCCCAGGGCUACGGCUUGGAGAGCACGCGCAUGUGAAAGGCUCCUUUCUCGCUCUCUCCCUCUCUCUCUCUCUCUAUAUUUAUCUUCCUAUGAAUCUUUAUCCUGCAUAUACACGUACAUACAUACUCGUGCUCGUGUAUCGGUACAGCUCUGUACUCUGUUCUGUUUCGUCUUAAGCGUGUAGUUAGUGGGCGUGUCAGCUUCUGGACACUCUAACUCCGUAUAUCAGUAGUGCCCUCCAGUAAAAAUUCAAACCUAGGGUUGUUGGUACAACAAUAUCGACUUUAGAAUAUUAUAGUCACGCCUGCGUUCCAAAAAAAAAAACACAAUUUAAAAGGAAUACGAUGUGGGUAUUCGUCCCAGUGGUUGAUCGGUUAAUUGAUUAAAAUAUUAAAGAUCAAAAAAAUGGUUAAUUAUAGUGACUAGCUGGAACGCUUAAAAGAUUUCAUUUAACUUUUCAACAGCUAAGCAGUUUACUCACUGGCAGUGAAUACCCUUUCCUGCUUCUCAACUAACGAGCGCCUUUAUAACUGAUAUUAAAAGUUUACUAUUAUCGGAGUAUUUCUAUAUAGUUCAUAUAUAUUGCUUAUUUAUUAGGAUACGGAUACAAAAUUAAUCAAAAUGGUUUUCCAAAUAUCGCUAUCAACAGCCCUAACACACACUUGUUGUCUGGUACACACAUACGAGUACAUAUAUCGUAAGAAAUCCCAACUAUAUACACAUACAUAUAUACUAUACAUAUGUCUGUAUGAUUUCUCCCAACCACUUAUCAUCAUCACUUAUUAACUCGUUCUAGCUAAAUUAAAACAAUUUACACUACUACUACUACUACUAUGAUACACAAGUCAAGCUUUAUUAUAUACAGAUAGAUGUGUGUGUGUGUGAGUCUCUGAGCUUAAGAGCGACAUUUCUCAUCAGCCUAAACUACGAUAUAUAGGAUAUAUCCUGCAGCUUCCACAACUACGGCAACUAAGCGUAAAAUACUACUACAAACAGACUUUAUAUAGGAACUCUGACCAGUCUGGCAUGAGCAUCUAUAGCAACGCUAGCUGCUCCUGGCCUCUUUGCUUAGAUUGUAAGGAUCUUGGUACACCCACUCGCUUAGACAUUCGCCACAACUACUAUACUAUAGUGUACUAUACUUGUAUGUGUUUGUAGGCUGCUGCGCUUUUGGACGGCGCAAUACUUAACAUCUAUUUUGAUAAAGACAAACGACAGUCAAACACUCACUCAUUAGCUCGUUCUUAUAUCUCCUUUGACAUAUACAAGUAUCUAUGUAUAUACGAGUAAUACAUACAUACAUACAUACAUAUAUAAUGUAACAAGUGCAAAUAAUUUGCCCAUGGCCUUAUUUUAAAUGAACUCGUUCUACCUACUAUGUUUGUUGAAUUUGUUUGGCCCUAAUGUGUUAACGCUUCCCAAUUAGGUUCUUAGCAUACUAAUAAGUGAAGGCGUACUACGUAUAUACAAGUAGAUCAAGUCUAGGCUAGUCAAAAUACUAUGUGUAUGUACUAUAUAUUAGUUCAAUUUGUGUACUAAACCAAUGAAAUCAAAGAAACGCUAACUCAACUUAUUCUCCUUUUCCAUUGCUAGACAAAUUCGCUUUUCUCUUGCUAGAUAAUUAUACAUUAAUAUUUUCCCCAACAUUUUGUGUAAAUAAAUAAAAGUCAACUGCAUUUUCAUGUGUAUGUCUUUUCGCCUAGUCGUAAGCAAUUUAUAACAAACAAAAAA